CCCACUCCCCUUCCCCCCUCUCUUUCUCUCAAAUUCCCCUCUUUUAUUUUUCUUCUCCAUUUUCAUUUCUCCCCCUUUUUUUAUUUUUAUUAUUAUUAUUAUUAUUAUUAUUAUUAUUAUUAUCUAUUUAUAUUUUCCUCUAUUUCCUCUUCACAAGACUCUUGAUAGUGGCCUCCAUCUCCUCCUACUACUUAUUAGCUUCGUCUUAUUCAUUCACCCUUUUUUUUCCCCUUUUCACGUCCCAUCACCCCCAAAAAAAUAAAAACAGAUUGAGAUUAAUACAAAAAAUAUUGAAAUUGUUAAUUUGUAAGUUUGGAGAAAAGAUAUAAAUAUGGAUAUUGGAGGAGUUGGAGCAUCUGAAGGCGGCGGUGGAGGGGGAGGAGGUCCAGGAGGAGAAGGAUCAUCAUCUCAUUCUCAACCUAGUGGGCAAAGAGGAGAACACACCCAUGGCUCAUCAAGUGGUGGUGGUGGUGGUGGUGGUGGUAGUGGUGGUGAUGGGUCGUCUCAACUAGCAGUGGCGGCGACAGCGACAGGGGCAGCACCACUAAGCAGGUACGAGUCACAAAAGAGACGAGACUGGAACACUUUCUUACAAUACUUGAGGAACCACAAACCCCCACUAUCUUUAUCUAGAUGCAGCGGAGCCCAUGUCAUAGAAUUCCUCAAGUAUUUGGACCAGUUUGGUAAAACUAAGGUACACAUCACUGGCUGCCCGUACUUUGGCCACCCUAACCCACCUGCCCCUUGCGCCUGCCCGCUCAAGCAAGCUUGGGGUAGCCUCGACGCUCUCAUCGGCCGUCUUCGUGCUGCGUAUGAGGAAAAUGGAGGUAGACCUGAAUCCAACCCCUUUGGCGCACGCGCCGUCAGGAUUUACCUUCGUGAGGUUAGGGAAAGCCAGGCCAAAGCCCGAGGUAUCCCUUAUGAAAAGAAGAAGCGAAAACGCACUACUACUUCCUCCACUUCCGCUGCCACCGCCGCUCCUCUAACCACCCCAACAACAACAACGGAUGCACCACCACUCGCAGGCAGUAGUGGACUCCACGGUACUAGUGCGGCCGCGGAUGGUGGCAGCGGAAGUGGAGAUGUCAGCGGCGGCGGUGCUGAUGCUAGUACUGCUGGUGUAGGUCCUCCUACAACUACUACCUAAUUUUUUUUAUUUUAAUUAUUAAUUUAUAAUUUGACUUAUUAUUAUUAUUAUCAUCAAGGAUCAAUUAUUGUCCCACGCUGGAAGAUUAAAUUGCGAGUAUAUAUUAUGUGGAAGCAAGCAUAAUAUUAUUAUUUUUCUAAUAUUGUAUAUACUCUGAUGAUCAAGAUCAACCAUCGUUGUAGAAGAUGAAGUUCAAUUAUCAAUUCAAACCAUUUGAUGAUCGUCAUUAUGA